GGUUUCAAACGUAAAACUGCUGCCUCAUUGACACAAUCGCUGUUUUUUUUGUUUCCGAACGUACCGCGUCUGUCUACCUGUACUGUCAGUCAUGUUAUUUCGUACGUAUGUCGUAUUUAAUUCCAAUAGAUUCACCGCAAAGAAAACUUUAAUACCACUAUUAGAUUCUAAUCUAUAAAUUUAGCUGGUCAAGCUUUAUCUUUAUGUAUUUAAGCCGCAAUAUUCAACAUAAUUCCAAUAUUUAUAGUGAUAUGAUACCAUGGAUUUUUCAAGAGUAUGCAGAACUUGUCUUAGUACAACUGAUUUGAGGCCCAUAUUCGAUUCGAAUGCGGAUCACAGGCGGCAUGCUACUGCUGUGUUCAUUACUACAGGCAUAAAGGUAGAACUAAACGAUGGCCUACCGCAGCAAAUGUGCACAACAUGCUUUAACCACAUCAACAGUUCCCUAAAAUUCCGCAGACAGUGUAAAGACUCGGAAAAGCUUCUUCAACUACACCAAACUAGCGAUUCAAAUAAAGAAGCAUUAACUAACAGUAACAUAAUAGACAAUUGUGACACUGAAGAUUUAAAAUUUGAUAUUCUGAAGACGGAAUUGAAAUAUGAAUUUGAAAUGCCAGACGAAUUGGAAACUGUCAAAUGUGAAGAUUUGGGUGAAGUAGAUGAUAAUCCGCUCGGCUGUUUUACUGAAAGUACAGAGAAAGAGAAGAGUUGUGAUGUACCGAAAGAUAUGAAGGUGAUAGAAAAUAAAAAGUGUGACAAAAAAAGCAAAGUGCAAAGAGUGUCCUGCACGAUAUGCGGCAAGGACCUGUCAGUGCGGAGUAUCCGCGCGCACCUCACGGCGCGGCACGCGGCCGACGGGCUCCGGUGCGGGUAUUGCAAGUUAGAGCACGGCAGCAAAGAGGCGCUCGCGGCACACGUGGCAAAGUGUGCGUUGAAGAAGAAACGCGUGUCCGACUCGGGUAAGGAAUUAGUAUCGUGUGACGUAUGCAACAAGCGAAUGCAGCGGAGCAGUCUGCGCGCGCACCAGGCCGUCAAGCACAAAGGUCUUGGGCCAGUAUGUGAGCAUUGUGGGCGUCGUUUCGGUAACAAGUUGCGACUGAGCGAGCAUCUUCGCGCCAAACACGGCUAUGACAAGCUGCAGUGCAACCACUGCGAGUUCAAAAGCUCCAGUCGAGCUGCCCUUGAGAACCAUGAAAGACGUCACCGAGGUGAGAAACCUUUCGUCUGCGAAACGUGCGGCGCGAAGUUCCACGCGGCAUAUCUUUUAGCACAGCAUCGGCAUAGUCACCGCACCGAAAAGCGCAUCAAGUGCGGCCUAUGCGGCGCGGCGUUUAAAGCGACGAACAGUCUCCACGCGCACCGCGCGGCGCGGCACGGCGCGCGGCGCCACCGCUGCCUGCUGUGCGCGCGCGCCUACUCCUGCAGGCACUACGCUGUCAAACAUUUACGCGCCGUGCAUGGCUUUAAGGGUACGGUGCCACCCCUGCAAGUCGACCCGGCUCCAACGUGAAACAGCCUUACUCGCAACGUCGUCAUAAUUAUACAACCAUUUUGAAAAUAUAAAUA